AUGGGAAAGGAAUGCAAGGGAGAGAGAAAAAUUUCUGGGUCUGGGAUUUUCCAGCUUUGUAUGAGGUACUAUUCCCAAGAGGUUGUCGCAGCACCACAUGUGUUGUUUCUAAUGAUGAUUUCGAUUGUUAUCCGAGGUGCUCUGUACAAGAUGGUGUCUGACAUAAUAUUUGAGCUUGAGGAGUAUGGAAAUCUGCUGGAUGCAGUUGUGAGGAUCUUUUUUUACCGGAUAUCAAUUAUGAUGAUUGAAGGAACGACCGACAUUCUAUUUGAAAGCAGCAUUGGGCAGUUCCAGAUGAAGGCGUCCAUACGGGCAAUAAUGAACAUCAUAUACAAUGAGAAGCCAGGAAGGUUUGACAUGAGCAGUGGAAAGUCACAGUACUCGAUCUCGAAGGGUGUUGAAGGACUGUCAAAGAUGGUGAAGAUUGUGUUUAUGGAUAUAAUAGGACGUCUUUUUUACAUAGGAAUGGAUCUGUACAGAAUACACAUAAGAUACGGAAUGCUGUAUCUUGGAAUAUGCCUGGGGUUACUUGCAGUUGGACUUGUUAUCCAUAUCAAGGGCACAUUUGCUAUAUUGAAAUGCAGGCAGGAGUUGAAUGAUGCAAAGACUCAGAUGGACAAGAAGGUCUAUGAAAUACUGCUGAACUACGAAACAAUCAAGGCUUACCAGACAGAGACGCAGGAGACGUUCAAUUUUAAAGAGAGGAUCAACCCGUGGAGAGCUGCCUUUGUGCAUAUGAAGAGGGUGCUUACGAUUAUUGAAACGGUCCACAACCUUCUUUUCAGGACAUCGAUGUUUGUGAUUGCUGUUAUUUUAUGUAAGUAUGGAAAUGGUGAUGGAAUUCAACUGAGAAAUAUGUACUCAUUGAUAGCAGACUACGAUAAGUCUGUUGAGAACACAUCUAAGAUAUAUGGAAAGCUCAGGGUUGCAAUGCUCAACGGGCUUAUGGCGAUUCGGUACCUAGAAGAGGAUAGAGUGUCUGAUAAUGAAGAGCACUAUGACGUGGAUUAUUUCCAUGACAACCUAGAGUUCAAGAAUAUGAGCAUUGUUGUAAACGACUCUGUUGUUAUCAACAAGCUAAACUUUAUGAUUAAGAAGGGAGAUAAGAUUGUUGUUCAUGGAAGAAACGGAGCGGGCAAGAGUAUUCUUUUCAGGCUCAUCUUGAGAUUGAUGUCCCCGAUGGAAGGGGGAAUCUUUAUCGAUGGACUUCCGAUUUCUAAGAUAAAGAUGAAAUCGUAUCGGUCGUUGAUAUCGUACAUUCCGCAAAGGGCGGAUCUCUUUGAUGACACUGUGUACAACAACCUUAGAUAUGGCAAUGAAAAAAGCUACAGCGAGAUAAUUGAAGAGUGCCGCAGGCUCAACAUCCAUAAGGAGAUACUGAAGCUGAGCUCUGGAUACAACACUGUUGUUGGUGAGCGAGGUGAGUUGAUAAGCGGGGGUCUGAGGCAGAAGGUGUAUUGUGCAAGAGCAAUGUUGAAAGAUUCGUUUAUAUAUCUUUUUGAUGAGCCCAUUAGUAGCCUCGACAGCUCGUCUGCAACCCUCUUAAUAGACAUUAUACUGAGUCCAAAGUUCUCACACAAAACAUUUUUAGUGAUUUGCAAUAAUCCAAAUAUCAUUGAGAAAUUUCCGAAGUCGCUCCAUCUUGAUUAG